CCUCCUCGCACCUCGAUGCGGAGCCGCGCGCCGAGCGCUCCACGUCUGCGCGCUGCGUGGGAAGGGGCGGGCUGACACCACUUCCUCCAGAGGCUGCCGACCUGAACCGGAGCGCAGCCCAGUGCGCCGCGUCGCCCUCCCGGCCCAGCCCCGCUCUCGAGGCCCCGCGCAGCCGUCGAGAUGGGUGAGUCAAACGAAGAUAUAGACCAAAUGUUCAGCAAUUUGCUGGGAGAGAUGGAUCUCCUGACCCAGAGUUUAGGAGUCGACACUGUCCCUCCUCCAGAACCUAAACCGCCCAGAGCUGAAUUUAACUACAGUGUGGGGUUUAAGGAUUUAAAUGAGUCCUUAAAUGCACUGGAAGACCAAGAUUUAGAUGCUCUCAUGGCGGAUCUGGUAGCAGACAUAAGAGAAGCUGAGCAGAGGACAAUCCAGGCCCAGAAAGAGUCCUCUCAGAGCCGACCUCAUUCAGCAUCUCUGGAUAUACCAAGUUUCAGUGGUGCAGCCUCUCUUGGUUACACAGCAAAUGUUGCUGCACCGAGUGUUAACCAAUAUGAGGAUGACUUACCUCCUCCACCAGCUGAUCCCAUGUUAGACCUUCCUUUGCCACCACCCACUCCUGAACCUCUCUCUCAGGAAGAAGAAGAAGCCCAAGCCAAGGCUGAUAAAAUUAAGCUAGCAUUGGAAAAACUGAAGGAGGCCAAGGUCAAGAAGCUUGUUGUCAAGGUGCACAUGAAUGAUAACAGCACGAAGUCACUGAUGGUGGAUGAGCGGCAAUUAGCCCGAGAUGUUCUAGACAACCUUUUUGAGAAAACCCAUUGUGACUGCAAUGUGGACUGGUGUCUUUAUGAAAUAUAUCCGGAACUACAAAUCGAAAGGUUUUUUGAAGACCAUGAAAAUGUUGUUGAAAUCUUAUCAGACUGGACAAGAGACACAGAAAAUAAAGUGCUGUUUUUGGAGAAGGAGGAAAAAUAUGCUGUAUUUAAAAACCCCCAGAAUUUUUACUUGGAUAACAGAGGAAAAAAAGAAAGCAAGGAAACAAAUGAGAAAAUGAAUGCGAAGAACAAGGAGUCCUUGCUUGAGGAGAGUUUUUGUGGAACAUCCAUCAUUGUGCCAGAACUAGAGGGAGCUCUUUAUUUGAAAGAAGAUGGGAAGAAAUCCUGGAAAAGGCGCUAUUUUCUUUUACGAGCUUCUGGAAUUUAUUAUGUCCCCAAAGGAAAGACUAAGACAUCUCGAGAUCUGGCAUGUUUUAUACAGUUUGAAAAUGUCAACAUUUACUAUGGGAUUCAGUGUAAAAUGAAAUACAAAGCACCCACUGACUACUGCUUUGUUUUAAAGCAUCCCCAAAUUCAGAAGGAGUCCCAGUAUAUCAAGUAUCUCUGCUGUGAUGACGCAAGAAUGCUAAAUCAGUGGGUUACGGGAAUCAGGAUCGCCAAGUAUGGAAAGACGCUCUAUGAUAGCUAUCAGCGUGCCAUGGCCAGGGCAGGGCUUGCCUCUCGGUGGACAAACCUGGGCACUGUCAACGCAGCCCCACCAGCCCCGUCUUCUACAGGAGUUAAAACAGGCACCACCCAGGCCAAUGGUCAGAUCCCCCAGGCAGCACAUUCUAUGAGUACUGUUCUCGGAGAAGCCCAGAGACAGGUUGAAACAACUAAGGACAAGAAGUCCGGCCUCGGCAGCCACGACCCCGGAGCGCCCAGGUCCAGCCUGCCUCCGCCCCCUCCCGUGCGACGGUCCUCGGAAGUCGGCUGCGGCAGCCCAGGGACGCCCUCCAAGGUCAAGGGCGCGGCCGCCGACUUCCCCGCGCCGCCCCACGACCUCCUGCCGCCGCCCCCGCCGCCGCCGCCCCUGGAGGACGACGAGCUCCCUCCGCCGCCCCCCGACUUUAGCGACGCGCCCCCGGACUUCGUGCCUCCUCCACCGCCGCCGUCGUUUGCGGGCGACGCGGGGUCCUCGCUGCCGCCGCCCCCGCCCCCGCCCGCCCUCGCCCCGGAAGCCGCGAAGCCGACCCCCGUGGUGGUCAAAAGGCCGCCAGCUCCCCCCAAGAGGCAGGCGAACCCGGGACCACCGGGCGGGGGAGGCGGGGAGCAGGAUUUCAUGUCGGAUCUCAUGAAAGCUUUGCAAAAGAAGAGAAGCAACAUGCCCUAAGGGAAGCCUAGAAGUAUCUUUGGGUGAUGGGUGUAAUCAUUGCUAACCUCAAUUGCAUUUUUGCUACUUUGUUUCCGUGACAUCUUGUUCAUUUUAGAUACAAUAUUGAAGUAUUCAGACUAGAAAUGCAAAUAGGAAACGUCUCCCUGUUUCUCAAGUACAUUCAUAAUCCUUAACCUAACACAGAAUUUAGAAUAUCUGCCUGAAUGUACAUAUGUUUCCUGUGUAUUUCCACUUCAGUGGAUUUUAUCUUCCCUUCCAAGUUAAGUAAAAUGAUGUUUUAUGUUCAUUUAUUUUAUUAUGUUAUGAAGCAUCAAAUUAAUAAAAGUUAAAAUUUUUUUCCUUAA